AUGGAAAUUGCAAGUGGCUACAUUACUAUUGAUGGAAUUAACAUUAAGGAAUUAGAAUUGCAUGAGCUUAGAAAGAGGAUUACAGAUCCAACAAUGUUUACUGGUUCAUUGAAAUUUAAUCUUGAUCCAGAGAAUAAGAUAUCAGAUGAUGUAGUUCUUUAACUAUUGAAUAAGGCUAAUCUCUAAGAUCUAAUCAAUAAAGAUUCAAAGGGUAUCUACCAAGAGAUAUCUGAGAAUGGAGCUAAUCUGAGUUCAGGUGAAAGACAAUUACUUUGCAUAUGCAGAGCUAUUUUAAGAGUAAAUAAUUAUAUAUAUAAACAUGCUUAAUAGAGAAGCAAGAUAGUUAUACUUGAUGAGGCAACAGCAAAUAUUGAUGUAGUAACAGAGUAGAAAAUUUAGAUGCUAAUUUAAUCAGAAUUCAAGGAUUCAACUAUGAUUACUAUUGCACAUAGACUUAACACAAUCAUUUAAAGUGACAGAGUUUUAGUACUCUCCUAUGGUUAGAUCAAAGAAUACGACACUCCUAGGAAUUUAAUGCAGAAUCCUGACUCAGAAUUCUCUAAACUUCUUAAGGAAAUUAAAAAGGAAGAAUAGAAGAGCAUUAACUCAGAUAAAUGA